AUGAAUAUUCCAAAGUUGACCUUUAACCCGCCCUCGGGCAACCUGACGCCCUCGCCGACGUCGCGCUCCUCCCGCGACCGCACCACCAGCCCUAAGAAGGCGUUGGCCGGUUUCGCAAAGCUCGAACUCAACCCACAGCCUAACGGCGGUAUGGCGCCCACUCUGUCAUCCCUCUCGAUGGACCUUGACUUCACCACGCCAACCAAGGCAGGUGCCUCGCCAAUUUCCAUGUCGACAACAAAAAAGCAGGCUCCCAAAUCCGCCUCAGUGUCUCUCGCUUCGCCAACUAAGAAGUAUAGCACUGCAGAGACACCGAGACUGAAGGGCAGCGCUACAAAUCUCUCGAUGAUGAAGAUGUCGUCGGAUCCAACCCCGUCAAAGACCCCGUCGCCUAAGAAGGUGUCCUUUGCAGACGCCAGUUUCCAGUCCCUGACCGCAUCGACACCAAAGCUCGCUCGCGGUCUCUCUCCCAAGUCGAGUCCUUCCAAGCCUGCCAUCUCCGACUUUUCAGUCAUGUCGAUUACUUCGCCGACGGCAUCACUCGUCUCCAACGACUUGUCUCCCUGCCGAAAUUCUGAGUCGAACCAACAGCAAGUCGAAAGCCGUGUCGUUGUCGAAUCCCCAGCGAAAGACGAAGAUGCAGAGACAGAAUACGAUGCAAGCACUUUCGAGUCCCCUUCAAAGCUCGAUAUCACCAUGCACGACAUCACAAUGAUUUCUGACUUCGCACCGUCCCCGAAGAAGCCCCAGUCUUACACGCUCGCCACCGCCGAACUUUCGAAGGCGGCGAAGGAACUCUGUGGCCCCUUCAAGCCCGAGAUCUAUGCUGACUUAGACGUCACUUCAACGCUUGCGCCAGUGCCCAGCUUCGCCCGUCAGCGCGCCCGUAUUCCGCGGACAAAGCAACGGAGGAGGGGCCUAGUGUUUGAGAAGGCCAUCGCAAGAGAGGUCGCCGAGUCCCUCGCCGUGGAAGAGCUCGAGGCCGCCGCCAACUUCCGGCACAUUGCCGUGAAGGGCAGUCUGGCGUACGCCCUCUGUCCUCGCAAGAGGCAGAGGGUGGCCGAGCCCACGGAGGAGGACGACUCGGAGCCGUACUGGCUGGAGGACGUGGACGAAAGCGGAGUGAUUAACAUGAUCGAAGCUCGCCGCGUCCUCCGCAACGACCUCUUUGCGCUCCCUGCUGGCCCCUCCGUUCACGAUCAGCGCCGCCAAUACCAUGAGGAGGUGCAGAAGUACGGCGACCCUAUCGUGCCGACCUGCGGGAAGAGAAACUAUGAUGGUGAGAAGAAGCGGGCCUAUAACAAUGGCCUGCUGACUCACACCAUCAUGGGGCCUCUUCUCGCAUUCCCGAUGCCCGAGCUGAGCUUUGACUGGGUGCUUGAGACUGCGAUUCGCGAGUCGAAUAAGGUUCACGGUCGCGAGCAGCCCAAACAUCGCAACGUCAGGCAACCCAUUGCCAUCUUUGGAGAAUCCGACUUCUCGAUCAUUGAGGAGGAGGAGGAGCCCCAGAGCCCUACCGCCAAGCUCCCUCACUUCCCUUCUUCGGCGACGCACCACUCGAGCACGAGCCGAAAGACCAGGCUCGCUCAAGGUGCUGCCAAUCUGCAAGCCAAGCUUGCCACGCUCAAAUCUGUUGUUGAAGAGCAGGCUCCAUCACCAUUGUCGUCCCCCAUUGGACCCGGCUUUACCUUCAAGGUUCCUUCAUUCAUAUCGACUCCCGAUGCCACCGAGACGAACAACGAAGAAUCCGUGGCCGACCAGGAGGACGACACCGCUGCCGAGGAAGUCGCGAGUCCAAUGGUAUACUUCAAAGACCGCAACCAGACCUCUCCUUUCAAGAAGCGCAAGUCCUUGCCUGCCGUUCGACGUCUCUCUUUUCCCGGUCCUCUCCGCCGAGCAUCUCUUCCUGCUGCCGGCUCCGCCCAGCUUCCUGUGGUGCAAGAUCUUCAAGAUCUAGCAUCCGGGCCGCUGGUGGGUGCUCCCGAUUCAUCGGUCGAGCUCCACGAGGUGCAGAAUCCCCUCGAGGUUGAUUCAGCAUCUGCGGCGGCUGCCCAAGCCACCCCUGAGAGAUCGCCGUCGCCGUCGCCUUCGCCUGUUGUCGUCGACGCAAGAGAGAACCCAGAUAUCUUUGGCUCCUGCCAGGAUCGCCCCGGAUCCCCGAUUCAGGCCCUUGCCUCGCUAGCUCGCGUGUUUGAGGAGGCCAAGAAGACGGAUAUGGACGGCAAGGUCGUUGUCAGUAGAGAGGGAGUUCGCCUCAUUGUCCGAUUUAAGGUUUCGGAUGAGCAUGCUGCUCUCUUCGCCCAAGAGCAAGAGCCCGUUGUUGCCGUUGGCUCUCCCACCAAGCUGACCACUUCUGCCCCGGUGUCGCCUGUCCGCCCGGCCGCUCUGGUGAAGGACAACAAAGAAGGAGAAGAACAAGCCAGGAUCGAAGAAGAGAAUGAGGAGGUUGCGCAGGUCCCUUCUCAAGCGCCCGUCCAGGCCGUGGAAGACGACGAUUCGGACCUGAUCAUGCUUAGAGAGUUUAUGACCAGGCACGCCGCUAGAAAGGCCGCCAAGGCUGCUGACCCCGAACCCGUCGAGCCAGCCGCUCUCUCUCCCACUCUGGCCGUUGCUCCUUCACCUGCUCCCCUUGCAUCCGCUCCAAUUCUCAUGGCUACAACCCCAGAGCGCAAUCAGAGUAUCUGGGCCGACACGCCAGCAUUUUCAAUCACUUCGUCGGCAGAUCGUUCUCGGUCUGCGCGAAGGGCAUCUCCAGCCGUCUCGAGCGGACGCCAGCCUCUAGGAUCGCUCGAUGUUAACAGCCCGAGCCCCAAGAAAGCCAAGCGAAAGGCUGAAGAAGUUGACGAAAGAGAGACGCUGCCAGAGAAGCCGCAGCGGCCGAAACGCCAGCGCAGAGCGAAAGCAGAUGUGCCUGAAACAGACAAGACCAGUGACAAAGCCAGCGAUAAGGUCAUCGACAAGGACGAAGUUGCACCCGUGACAAACGUACGCACCAGACGUCAGCUCGCCGUCGCACGAGGAGAGGCUCCAGCAGUUACCAAGAUCCCGGUUAGAAACAAGGGAAUGGGCAACAUUAGAGCCGGAGAGAAGGACCUUGCGGCUUUGACUCGCCAGAACACCCGCGUCAAUAAGGGAGACGCGAUAUCUGCAGAGGAAGUUCUCGAGACUCUGAAGAACGCACCGCCAAGGGUUGAGACGCGAGCCGCCGCCGCCGCUGUUGCCAAGAAGAACGGUAAGAGCGUUCAGUGGGCAGCCCAGCUGGCUAGAAGCCAGUCGGAAGACCCGUCCGCCAGUCCGGUCGACUCUGACGAAGCAAGCUCUGCCGAGCUCAGUCCCGAUGAGGAGAAGCAGAUUGGAAAGGCAAGAGCGAAGGCCAGGGGCUCUACGAGCAAGAGCGCUGCUACGAAGGCUUCAGCUGCCAAGGUUGCUGCGACGACGAAGACGGCGCCUGCCAAAGGGACUGCGGCCAAGGUGACCAAGGCAAACCAGCCCAAGUUGACUCCUGGUUCGAAGACGGAGGGUGCAAAGGUCACCAAGACGAAGAAGCCCACUGCCGCGGCGAAGAAGGAGAUGGGCCUGAGUGCCAACGGUACGCCUGCCAAGCGCAGCGCUCGCACAGCGAAGAAGUGA